GAACCAAAUAAGGAAAUGACGUAAGGCCCAUCGGCGAUGUUCCCAAAUAGAAACCCGGUGUCUGCGCGACUGUCGGACGUGGUGGGUUUUUAAGUGUGGGGGGCAGAGGAGGCCGGGGAAGACGGAAAACAGGAUGGGUGACAUCGUUGAGAACCAGUCCAGCUUUUACUCCAACGCCGAGGACUACUGGAGAGACGUCCCCCCCACAGUAGACGGCAUGCUCGGGGGUUAUGGCAGCAUCUCCAACAUUGACCUCAACGGAUCAAAGGCUUUCCUGCAGAAGUUUCUCGGAGAGGGGCAGGGGAAGACCACCGCGGGCUGUGCUCUGGACUGUGGCGCAGGCAUUGGAAGGAUCACCAAGCGUCUGCUGCUGCCACUCUUCAAGACGGUGGAUCUGGUGGACGUGACACAAGAGUUCCUAGACAAGGCCAAGACAUAUUUGGGGGAGGAUGGCAAGCGGGUGGGACAUUACUUCUGCAGCGGUCUUCAGGACUUCAAACCAGAGAGUGGACGCUAUGAUGUCAUUUGGAUCCAGUGGGUCAUAGGUCACCUGACAGACGAACACCUAGUGGACUUCCUGCAGCGUUGCCAAAAAUCGUUGAGGCCAAAUGGACUCAUUGUCAUCAAAGACAAUGUCUCAUACGAAGGCGUUGUUCCAGAUGAAGUGGACAGUAGCAUCUGCCGCGACCUGGAAAUAGUCCGAGGUCUGGUGAGCAGAGCUGGUUUACGCAUCGUACAUGAGGAACAACAGACUAACUUCCCAAAAGAGAUUUACCAAGUUCACACACUGGCGCUCAGAUAAACGCCAGAGAUGUGAAAAUCUCUGAGCCCGAGACGCUGUGUGAGAGCUGCACAACCACACAGGGUCAGGUCACAUGUGACUUUACACACAAGACUGCGUUCAUAGAAUAUUUAUUUAUUAACUCACAUUGGCCUCUCACACAGAGGCUUGGUUUUUAGACUCCAUUAGUAUUUUUACUGACUGUAAAAUUCAGUGUUUCAGCUAAAAAAAAAAGAUGAACAAAGUUGUCAGGAAAAGCAGAAGUCAAAACUGUAAAUGUUCUGAGGCAGAGUUUUCUCCAGGCAUGACUGAAAUCUUUGUAAAAAGUGAACUGAAAUAAAAUGGUUCUGAACUUCGACCUUUUU